AUGAGGACCGAGCUCUGCAACUUCUCGGGUUUCAAGAUCUAUCCCGGUCACGGGAAGAUCUUCGUCAAGGGUGACAGCCGCGUCUACCGUUUUAUCAACGGAAAGUGCGAGUCCUACUUCUUGCAGCGAUUGAAGCCGUCCAAGCUUGACUGGACCGUUGUCUUCCGUCGUCUCCACAAGAAGGGUAUCACUGAAGAGGUCACCAAGAAGAAGACCCGCCGUACCGUCAAGGCCCAGCGUGCCGUCGUUGGUGCCUCUUUGGACGCCAUCAAGGCCAAGCGUGCCCAGAAGCCCGAGGUCCGUGCCGCCCAGCGUCAACAAGCUCUCCGUCAGGCCAAGGAGAAGAAGCAGGCCGACGAGCAGAAGAGGAAGACCGAGAAGGCCAAGUCCUCUGCCACCCGCGCUGCUCAGCCCAAGCCCAAGUUCAGCAAGCAAGCUGCCAAGGGUGCCGCACCCAAGCCUAAGGCCACCUCCCGUUAA